AUACCUGUUCUGUCGUGUCGGUGUGGGCUGUGGGCUGUGUGGCGGGCAUUGUUCGGGGGUCAGUGGGCCGGUCAGCGGUGGGUGCUGAGUGCCGACCGGGCCUCCCUCGCCCGGUCCGGUUGCUCCGGUCACUCGCCGGUCGGGUCAGCUCGCCCGACUCGGCGGCCGGUGCCCCGAGCUCUGGCCGGCCCGGCGGCCGACGCGGCGCGGCGCCGCUUAAGGCCGGCGCACCUGGCGGCGCACCGUUCAGAGCCGCCGCGACCGUCCUGCUGGCAGGAGUAGUCGCGCCGCCCGGCCUGUGCACCGCAGGCCGCCCACCCACCCCCACCCGUCACCAACCAGAGAAACAUCGGCCCCAUUCGGCGCAGCAGUGCAAGCCGCAGCAGCAGACUGGUGAAACCGCCGUGAAACUACAGACACAGAAUGCCGGAGAAGGUGAAACCUCUGAAGACUGAGAGUCGGACGACACUCACGUCUGGCAACAGCCUCGGAUCAGCAGACAGGUCGGGGUCAUGGUGGGCGCGUCGCUCCGGCCUGGAGAGACGGCUGUCGCUGCUGGCCUCGGUGCUCGGACUGAUGGCCGUCGGACUGGCCGUGGCCGUCCUCUUGGUAGCCGUCUCGUCGACACCCGACAGCGUCUCACAACAGGCCGCCGGACGCAGCGCCGGUGCCCAGGACAUCUGUCUCACAAAGGGAUGUGUGCAGGCAGCAUGUUCCAUUCUGAACAACAUGGACGAGCAGGUGAACCCGUGCGACGACUUCUACCAGUUCGCCUGCGGAUCGUUCAUCAAGAACACCGUCAUCCCCAGCGAGAAGACGUCCGUCUCUCAGUUCUCGGUCGUUUCGGACGCGCUCAAGAUUAAGAUGCGUAAACUGGUGGAGGCUCCAGUGGCCACCGAUGAGCCGGCCUCAUCGCGCCACAUCAAGAACCUUUUCGUCAGCUGCAAGGAGAAAGAGGUCAUCGAGGAGCGCGGUCUGAAGCCGCUCCAAGAUGUCCUGGAGAAGAUGGAGGGAUGGCCCGUGGUCGAAGGAGACAACUGGAACGAGUCCAGCUGGGGCAACUGGAUGCUGGCCGUCUACCGCAACCGGGCGUUUGGCUACUCGAUCGACCACAUGUUCGACUUCUCGGUGACUGCCGAUGUCAAAAACUCCACCUGGAGGAUCCUGGACCUGGACCAGCCCUCGCUCGGUCUGCCCCGCAAGUACCUCAUCAAAGGAUUCAACGACCCCGACAUCCAGGCCUACUACAAGUACAUGGUCGAUAUGGCCGUGAUGCUGGGUGCCCCCAAGGAGCGCGCAGAGAGCGAGCUGAAGGAGUCUCUGCUCUUCGAGAUUCAGUUGGCCAACAUCUCUCUGCCGGCCGAGGAGCGCCGCAACAUCACCAAGCUGUACAACAAGAUGACGCUGGGGGACGUCUCGAAGCUCGCCCCCGGCAUCCCAUGGGUGGACUACGUCAACAACCUGCUGCGCGCCGCCGGACACCAGGUGACCGCCGACGAGCCGGUGAUUGUGGACGUGCCGGACUACAUGCGGAAGGCCACCAAACUGCUCGAGGAGACACCCAAGAGGGUGCAGGCCAACUACAUGCUGUGGCGCGUCGUGUACGGCUCCGUCGGUAUGCUGACCGAGGAGGCCCGCGAUGUUCAGCUCGAGUUCUCGGCCAAGCUGACCGGACAGACACAGCGCAAGCCGCGCUGGAAGGAGUGCCUCGAGGGCGUCAUGGGAAGUCUGAGUCUGGCCGUGGGCUCUCUGUACGUGCGGAACCACUUUGACCGGUCGGCUCGCCAGGCCGCCCUGGACAUGGUGAAACACAUCCACCAGGAGUUCAACAUCAUGCUCGGAGAGAUCACCUGGAUGGACAACAAGACCAAGGAGCGCGCCAAGGAUAAGUCCAAGUCGAUCAACUACCACAUCGCCUACCCGGAGGAGAUCCUCAACAACACCGCGCUGGACAUGCUGUACGACGGACUGUUCAUCGACGACAGCCACUACUUCGAGAACAACAUCAACAUGAGCGUGUUCGGCACCAACUACGCCUUCAAGAAGCUGCGCGAGCCCAUCGACAAGAACGACUGGCGCACGCACGGCUCAGCGGCUGUUGUCAACGCCUACUACAGCCCCAUCGAGAACAGCAUCAUGUUCCCAGCCGGUAUCCUGCAGGGUAUCUUCUACGACUUUGACCGGCCCAACUACAUGAACUACGGAGGUAUUGGGUUCGUCAUCGGACACGAGAUCACCCAUGGAUUCGACGACACGGGCCGUCAGUUUGACAAGAACGGAGAGCUCCUCGACUGGUGGGAGCCGGAGACGAAGCGCCGGUUCCUGAAGGGAGCCGAGUGCAUGAUCCACCAGUACGGUAACUACACCGUGCCGGAGAUCGACAUGAAGAUCAACGGCAUCAUCACCCAGGGAGAGAACAUCGCAGACAACGGCGGUCUCAAGGAGGCGCGCCGCGCCUACGGCCGUCUGGUGCAGGAGCGCGGCCGGCCCGAGCAGGCGCUGCCCGGCCUGCACCAGUACAGCCCGCAGCAGAUGUUCUGGCUCACGGCCGCCAACACCUGGUGCCAGGUGGUCAAGAAACAGUCGCUCAAGAACCGGAUACUGACCGACUCGCACUCGCCGUCGCGGGCGCGCAUCAACAUUCCGUUCUCCAACCUGCCGCAGUUCGCCGCUGACUGGAACUGUCCGGCCGGCUCCAACAUGAACCCCGUGCACAAGUGUUCAGUGUGGUAGGCGGCCCGCGCCGCUCGCCGCACGCGCACCCCGUUGUUAUCCUUUUCGGCUCGGCCGGCGGCGGCGCUCCCGCCGCCGCUGCCGUUGCCGCCUCUCUGUUACGUGUUGGAAUGAAAGGCUGAUGGGCGCGCCAUAGUGCGUGGCCUCUGUUUGCUACCUGAAUGCGCCAGUGCGUCUGUCCGCAUGUGUGUGCUGAGUCUAGUAUUCCCGGGCGCCUGAGCCCGGCGGGCCUCGGACGGCCCCUCUCUGGGGCCGGGGGCCGACUGGCCGAGUCGCGCGGCACUCAGCCGCGUCCGGUCUUUCCAAGAUCAAGCGUCGUAGCCUCACCAGUCGUUGGCUGUUAGUUUUUGUGACACCUAACCGUGCCAUGUACACGCGCAUGCACGCACUUGUAUUCUAUUUUCAGCGCUAAGGGUAACUUAAGGUCUUGUGAUUCGGUCGAGAUUCGGAGCACACUGCUCCGGUGUGCUAUUUUAUGCCUGUGAUGUAUCAGAGCGGCAUGCAUGUGAUCCGUGUGAUGAGUGUGUGUCUGUGUGUGUGCUCCCACGGCCGGUCGCUCCUCGUUACAGCUGAACGGCGUCGUCACUCAAGACGAGAACAUAGCCGACAGCGGGGGUCUGCGGCUGGCGUACCGGGCCUACCGCCGGCUGGCGGCCAGCGGUCCGCCGCCGCAGCGCCUGCCCGACUGCCGCCACCACCGGGCGGCCGGCUCUCGGCCGCGCGCGCUGCCGCUCCGCCCGCAGCAGAUCUUCUGGCUGGUGGCCGCCAACGUGUGGUGCUCGGCAGACCGCGUCGAGCAUCUGCGCAACACGGCGCUCAACAGUGAGCACGUGCCCAACCGGUUUCGCAUAAACGGGCCCAUCUCCAACAUGGCCGAGUUUGCGGCCGACUUUGGCUGCCGGCCCGGCUCGCCGAUGAGCCCCCCGGACUCGCAGCGCUGUCGCGUCUGGUGAAAGUCGGCCGAGUGAGACGAGUGAGAGGACCGAGCGCGCGCGGGUGUGUGUAUGCAUGGUGUCAGUUGUUAUCUUCACGUCAUUGGCCGUUGCUCCCCGGUAUGGGCGGCCCCCAGCGUCGGACCCGCCCCUCGACCACGCCCCUCCGUGUGUUUUAUGAAUCUCAGCCGGUGCGCGUGUCGCGGCGGUCGACGCCGUCCGCGUCUACACCUCACAGAGCGCCGCCGUCCCUUUGGGCGCGGCGCCUUAUCAAGACAGCGUGCGACUGAAACCGAUUCUUGUACUGCCUGUGCGCGAGACCAACUCCGAACCGGAAAAUACAAUCGAUUCCGGAAUGUACA